GUCUCCCACUACUCUCCAUUGCCAACGCCACUUUCUGCUUCUUCUGCUUCCUCCCAUCUCUGCACGAUUUCCACCACCCCAUCUUCCAAAGUUCACUUUUUUCAAAUCAGCAUCUCAUAAAGUCACCAUUUUUGCUUUCUUCAUAAGCCCCCUUUUUUCUCUCUCUUUCUCAACACACACAUCUUCUGCUACACCUACUUCACUUGAAAACUCUACCAUUAUUGCUUGUUUUGAUUGGUUCACUGUAAAAAUAUUGUGCUUGAUCUUUGCUGGUGAAAAUAGAGCUGGGGAAUUCAUGAUGUCUAGGGCAUUGGUUCAUUUUUGGGGUGUUUUAUGGCUAUGUUGGUGGUUGGCAUCAACUGGAGAAGCUCAAGUGGAGUACUUGAAAUACAAAGAUCCUAAGCAGCCGGUCGCGACUCGGGUUAAGGACUUGCUGGCUCGAAUGACUCUGGAGGAGAAGAUUGGUCAAAUGGUUCAGAUUGAUAGGAGUGUUGCUAGUGAGGCUGUUAUGAAAAACAAUUUCAUUGGGAGUGUAUUGAGUGGUGGUGGUAGUGAACCUCUUCCAAAGGCUACUGCUGAAGACUGGGUUAAUAUGAUCAAUGGAUUCCAGAAAGGGUCUCUGGAAAGUAGGCUGGGCAUCCCAAUGAUGUAUGGUAUCGAUGCUGUUCAUGGACACAAUAAUGUCUAUAAUGCUACCAUAUUUCCCCAUAAUGUUGGGCUUGGAUGCACCAGGGAUCCUGACCUGUUACAACGGAUCGGUGCCGCAACUGCUCUUGAAGCCAGAGCGACAGGGAUUCCAUAUGUUUUUGCUCCAUGCAUUGCGGUUUGCAGAGAUCCAAGAUGGGGUCGCUGUUAUGAAAGCUACAGCGAGGAUCCAAAAAUUGUGGAAGAAAUGACAGCGAUCAUACCUGGUCUACAAGGAGAUAUCCCUGCCAAUUCCAGGAGGGGAUUUCCAUAUGUUGGUGGCAAGACGAAGGUAGCAGCUUGUGCUAAGCACUUUGUUGGAGAUGGUGGUACAACCAAGGGAACAAAUGAGAACAACACAGUGAUUGACUGGCAUGGAUUGCUGAGCAUUCACAUGCCUGCCUAUUCUGAUUCGAUCAUUAAGGGGGUCUCUACAGUCAUGGUUUCAUACUCCAGUUGGAAUGGUGUAAAGAUGCAUGCAAAUCAUGAUCUAGUCACCGGCUUCCUCAAGAACACCCUUAAGUUUAAGGGAUUUGUCAUCUCAGAUUGGCAGGGUAUUGACAGACUCACAACACCACUUGGUUCAAACUACACAUACUCUGUCCAGGCUUCCAUUGAAGCUGGUAUCGAUAUGGUGAUGGUCCCCUACAAAUAUGAUGACUUCAUUCAGGACCUUAACCUCUUGGUCAAGAACAACAUAAUUCCAAUGGAGCGUAUUGAUGAUGCUGUGGAGAGAAUUUUGCUUGUAAAGUUCACCAUGGGCCUUUUCGAGAAUCCUCUAGCCGAUCUCAGUUUAGUCAAUGAGCUUGGAAGCCAGGAACACAGGGACCUAGCUAGAGAAGCUGUGAGAAAAACCCUCGUGCUGCUAAAGAAUGGGAAAAAUGAAAGUUCUUCUCCACUUCUUCCUCUUCCUAAGAAGACCCCAAAAAUCUUAGUUGCCGGUACUCAUGCUGAUAAUUUGGGUUACCAAUGUGGUGGCUGGACAAUCAAAUGGCAAGGGUUCACUGGCAACAGUGACACAAGUGGAACAACUAUUCUCAGUGCCAUAAAAACCGCAGUAGAUCCAAGCACAGAAGUUAUCUUUCGCGAGAACCCUGAUAGUGAAUUUGUUAAGUCCAACAAUUUUGAAUAUGCCAUUGUAGUAGUUGGUGAGCCACCUUAUGCCGAGACUGCCGGAGACAGCACGACUCUUACAAUGUUGGAUUCUGGCCCGAAUACCAUCAACAAUGUCUGCGGGGCUGUUAAGUGUGUGGUUGUCGUCAUUUCUGGCAGACCUAUUGUGAUUGAACCAUAUGUUUCAACUAUAGAUGCAUUGGUGGCAGCAUGGUUACCAGGCACCGAGGGACAAGGCGUGACUGAUGUCCUUUUCGGUGACUAUGGUUUCACUGGAAAGCUUGCAAGGACAUGGUUCAAAUCUGUAGAUCAACUCCCAAUGCAUGUUGGUGAUCCUCACUAUGAUCCACUUUUUCCUUUUGAUUUUGGGCUGACAACUUUAUCUGUCAAAGACCUAGUUGCAAGGUCAACCUCAGCUGCUGACAGUGUAAGGGCUUGUAUAAUUACCAUUAUGGCUACACUACUCAUCUGCUUAUAUUCAACUGGUUAAGCACAAUUUAUGGGAGCUUAUUAUUGAAGCUGGCGGCUAGAGAACUAACUUGUGAUACUUCCCAGCUUAGUCUUAUUCAUUGUAUUAGCAUUAGGACAUUAUGAUUGUUCAUGAACUAGGACAUUUUUUUGGUACAUACCCUCUAUUUAUUCCAUCGUCUUUUACUUAUUUCUUUCGAGUUUUGGGCUUCUUGCAUUAGCUGCAACCUGCAAACAAAUGCUAUGUUUAGAUCUUCGUUGGCACUGGUGCAACAAAUGUUACAUAGUCCAAGAGAAAAAAAAUGAAUGGAUGGAUCGGGUUGAAUGUUUUUCAUGUUA